GUCCUUUUUGCUAUCUGGUCUGCGACUCGCCACCAUGUUUCUACGUCUCCUGGUCCUGCUGCUGGUUCUGGCGCAGUGCAGCCGCGCUCAGCCCGUGGACAACCGGGAUGAGCUGAGCAGUGUUCGGGCGUCUCUGGAGAAUCUGAAAGCCGACAGACGAGCCAUGAUGGAUCGUCUGGAUAAGGCUGAGAGGGAGCUGAAGACAGUCCGAGAAAGUCCAAAAGUGGCCUUUGCUGCCUCGCUGGGAGGAAACGGCGCCCAAAAGACGACAUCCGGAAACCAAGAUCUUAUCUACAGAGAAGUCCUGACCAACGUGGGCGGGGCUUAUAAUGCCGCUACAGGAGAGUUCACAGCACCCAUUCGCGGGGUCUACUACAUCCGCUUCACAGCCAACGCCCCCACCGACUUCCCAAUGAGCGCUGUGCUCUACAAGAACAACGCUCAGAUCCAGCUCAUUGCCCACGAGCAGCCUUCGGGCGAGGGGAGCGACACAGCGUCCAACGGCGCCGCCCUGCUGCUGGAGAAAGGUGACAAGCUGAAGAUGGUGCUGUGGCACAACACCCAGAUUUGGGACAACAGCAAUCAUCACAGCACGUUCAGUGGCUUCCUGGUCUUCCCCUGGGUGGAUGAGCGUCCGAUGAAGUUUGACAUUGAAUCAGAGAUGAAAAACCUUCUAGCAUCAGUGGCGCGGGCCCAGGCUGACAAUUCAGAACUCAAAGACCGCCUGGAGACCACGGAGAAGGAGCUGAAGGCCAUGAGAGAUGUGCCAAAGGUGGCUUUUGCGGCGUCGCUGGGUGGUAACGGUCUUCAGAAGACGACAUCAGGAAAUAAGAAGCUCCUCUACAAAUCCGUGCUGACUAAUGUCGGCGAGGCGUACAACCCGGAGACCGGAGAGUUCACAGCUCCCGUCCGCGGCGUCUAUUACAUCCGCUUCACCGCCAACGCCCCCACCGAAUUCCCAAUGAGCGCCGUGCUCUACAAGAACAACCAACAGAUCCAGCUCAUCGCCCACGAGCAGGCGUCGGGCCAGGGCAGCGACACGGCGUCCAAUGGCGCCACGCUGCAGCUGGAGAGCGGCGACAAGCUCUCGCUGUACCUGUGGCACAACACUCAGAUUUGGGACAACAGCAACCACCACAGCACCUUCAGCGGCUUCCUGCUCUUCCCCUUGUGAGGGUGGCGGCCAUCUUGACACAUGCAGGGGUCAGGGGUCACUAAAUAAACGUUGAUUGUCGGCUUUUCCACACGGACUACAGGUGAAAAUGUGCUUUGUAGCUAAAACUAAGAACUGUACCUGUUUAAAAAAUUCAAAAACUAAUAUUUCACGCUCUGAUCUUCCUGUUGAAUCAUUUUGUAAGCAAAAACGUCAACAUGUGGAUUCUGAGCUCUACACAUGUUACAUUAUGUAGCCAUGACAGGGUGUGGUGGCUAGUUUUUAGUUUAAAAGGUUGUGUAUCCUUUUCUAAAAAAACGGAUAUGCUUAUUUUUCUGCAAAAUUAUUGUAGUUCUGUAGUCCAGUGGUUCUCACCCUUUUUUCAGUGAUGUACCCCCUUGUAAACAUUUUUUUAAUUCAAGUACCCCCUAAUCAGAGCAAAGCAUUUUUGGUUGAAAAAAAAAAGCAUAAAGAAGUAAAAUACAGCACUAUGUCAUCAGUUUCUCAUCUAUUAAAUUGUAUAAAAUAUUGCUCAUUUUUAGUGGUCUUUCUUGAACUAUUUGGAAAAAAAGAUAUAAAAAUGACUAAAAACUUGUUGAAAAAUAAACAAGUGAUUCAAUUAUUAAUAAAUAUUUCUAAACAUAGAAGUAAACAUAAACUUAAAGUGCCCUCUUUGGGGAUUGUAAUAGAGAUCCAUCUGGAUUCAAAGGCAAAACCCAGUAACUCAGUUUUGGUCAAAACUGGGCUGAUAAUAAUUUUGGAGUUCCUAGGUGAUAUGCUUUACAUUAGUGUAUGCGAUAUUGUAAUUAGUUCCGUAAGUAAGCUGUUACGCGCAUGGCAGGACCUAGCAACUACCACAUAACCGCGUAGAUACAACAGAAAAACCUAGUAUCUCAAGGGACCAAUCGGAGCUUCUUUGUCAGUCGCCUUAUUGUCUUUAAUGAGACAUUUGCACGAAUGGGGGCAGACGGUCAACCUAAUUAUGUGAUAUUAUGGCACGAGGGGAUAUUUGGAAGAUUGGCCCAGGACGUUGCAAGCACCUUCAUUAAAUGUAUUGUUCUUGAUUCUUCCCCUUGCAUACUCUUUUGGGCAGAUAACUGUGGAGGUCAAAAUAAAAACUGGACGCUGUACACGGCUCUUGCCCAAUGUGCAAACGCAGAAUGGGGCCCACCCGAGAUUGUGAUAAAAUAUCUGGAGAAAGGGCACACGUUCAUGAGAGCAGAUUCAAUCCAUGGCUCAAUCGGCAAGAAAAUGAAAGCUCAAGAAAACAUCUAUACGUUUGAUGACUUUGUAGAUCUUUGUAAGACAGCAUCAAUAUAGAUUUUUUUCCAUUGUUUUCUCAAAAUCAGCUAGAAGUGAGUUACUAGGUUUUGCCUUUGGACGGGAGAAUUCUAAACAGUUCUUCACCACAAAAUAAAUCGUUAACAUCAAUAUUUAUGGAACAUGUCCUUAAAAAAAUCUAACUGUCAACACUGGAUAUUGCAUUGUUGCAUUUCUUUUCACAGUUUAUGAACUUACAUUCAUAUUUUGUUGAA